CGAAUUUCCACUUCCCGUUCCUUGAUGAAUCGGGCAUCACGGAUCACGUUGGCCUAGGACAAGAUCUUGCGAAGAAUGAGCCCUUGUUCAUCGUCUCUAUAAUAAUACCCCGAGGGUAUGCGAUCAUGGGAAGCCUAGGUGCUUCAGGUGCGUCGGAGUCGACAGACUUCGCCAUGAAGCCCGCCGAGACGUUUCCUCUCACCGAUGAGUGCCACCACUACCAAGGGAAAAACGAGGUGCCUUGGGAUAUCCAAAAGUACUUUUCACAGAGAUACUCCAUUUUCUCGCUAUAUGAUGAAGGCGUAUACAUGACCGACGAUGCUUGGUUUGGCGUCACGCCUGAGCCGGUGGCAAACCAAGUCGCCAAUGACAUGUAUGGCACCGAGGCACAAAAGCACAUACUCAUCGAUGUCUUUGGUGGCGCUGGAGGAAACAGCAUUGCCUUCGCCCUCUCCGGACGCUGGAGUCGCAUCAUUUCCAUUGAGCGCGAUGCCUCCACGCUCGCCUGUGCCCAACACAACGCAGAAAUAUAUGGCGUCGAUCCCGGCAUCAUCACUUGGGUUUACGGCGACAGCUUCGAGUACAUGGACAAGCUAGUGAACCACCCAGAGGAGUUGCAUCCCGAUCUCAGGCCAGAUCUCGACGCGACCGUCUUAUUCGCAAGUCCACCGUGGGGCGGCCCUGGCUACCGUACAGAUGAAGUCUUUGAUCUGUACAACAUGCAGCCAUACAACCUCGACGAUUUGCACAAGGCGUACCGGAGACUAGACCACGCCCUCUUCUUGCCACGAACAAGUGACAUCCGACAAAUUGCGAAGCUAGCGCCUGGGGAGCGGAAGAUUGAGGUGGUCCAGUACUGCAUGGAGGGCGCAAGCAAGGCUUUGGUUGCUUACAUGCCUGGAACCUCCUCGGCAAAUUCUAGCAAGUGAAGGCUUUGUCGCCCAAGACAUGUCCAGGCCAGGGAGUCCCGGCACUCUCAUGCCCAGCACCAUAAUCAAUCCCCGACCACCAUCAGGACUCAGACUUCCCUACUUCCUACUACCUAGGAUUGUCUAGACGAUCCAUCAAACUCAGGACUGUAUCCGAGUCAAUUAUUCCGGGUCCAGACAAAUUUGGUGAGCAAGAUUUGUACGGCAGAGCCAAUGUUUUACCUGUCUGUUGGCGAUGCCGCUUCUGCUCAGGGCUCAGCAUCCAAAACCUCUACAUCGAGAGCAAAUCAUAUUUUAACUAGCAGAUUCUGUUAAUAAAAGCGCUGACCAUA